AUCACAUUAGUACUGACGGAACUUUGUCCACUGUGCCAACAAUCUGCCUUGACGCGUACGGCGCUUCCGGUGCAGAAUACAACGUCAUGAUCAAAUCAGGUCAGGAGGACUCAGCAACUGUUCCAUGUCCCUGGAUAUUCCUUGGAAGUUUUGACUACAUACAUACUUCUUCCAGUGGAACGACAUCGUGCUCCGCAGGAGGAAACACAUGGGACAUGUGCACUGAUAUCUCUAGCAUGGCGUUCAAUUUAUCAAGCUGUUCUGUAGAUGUACCCUAUUCAGGUACAAGCUCUGUGAGGUGUGUGGACACAGUUCCGGUAGCUUCGGAGAAUUAUGUAACUGUCUACAACAGUGGAACUUUUGAUGGCGUAAACACUUUCCAAUUUUCAUGUUUUGAACUUGUUGUAAGUAUUAAAGUUCCAUUAAGCUUUUAA